AUGGCGACUCGGCAAGCAACCGUCCUCACGGCCCUCCUCCUCGCCUCGCUGCUCCCGCUGGCGCUCUCGCGCGGGCUGGGGCUCGGGCGCGGGCAUGUGCGGCCGCACGCGCACGGGGUGGGGCUCGGGCGCCGUCACGCCCAGCCGCACCCGCAGCCGCACGGGCACGCCCCGCUCGGGGGCGGCGGGUGGUCCUCGGCCCACGCCACCUUCUACGGCGGCGGCGACGCGUCCGGCACCAUGGGAGGCGCUUGCGGGUACGGCAACCUGUACAGCCAGGGGUACGGCACCAACACGGCGGCGCUGAGCACAGCGCUCUUCAACAACGGCCUCAGCUGCGGCGCCUGCUUCGAGGUCCGGUGCGAAGCCGCCGGGGGCGGGAGCCACUCCUGCCUGCCUGGCUCCGUCGUCGUCACGGCCACCAACUUCUGCCCGCCCAACAACGCGCUCCCGUCCGACGACGGCGGCUGGUGCAACCCGCCGCGCGCCCACUUCGACAUGUCGCAGCCCGUAUUCCAGCGCAUCGCGCUCUACAGGGCCGGCAUUGUCCCCGUCUCCUACCGCAGGGUUGCGUGCAACAAGAAGGGCGGCAUCCGGUUCACCAUCAACGGCCACUCCUACUUCAACCUGGUGCUGGUCACCAACGUGGGCGGCGCCGGCGACGUGCACGCGGUGGCCGUCAAGGGUGACCGCUCCCCGGGGUGGCAGGCGAUGUCCCGCAACUGGGGCCAGAACUGGCAGAGCAACACGCUCCUCGACGGCCAGGCCCUCUCCUUCCGCGUCACCACCGGCGACGGCCGCUCCGUGGUCUCCACCAACGCCGCCCCCCGCGGCUGGUCGUUCGGCCAGACCUUCAGCGGGGCCCAGUUCAACUGAACCUCCACCCACCACCAUCGCCGCUGCGUCCUCGACGCGCGAGUAGUAGCAGUACUAGUAGUGGAUGGUCGUAGUAGUUCCUUCUACGUCUCCCCCAAUUGCAACUUGCUGGGAGGCGCCAUGGUUUUAUGAGUGGCGCAUCUCACAUUGGUUCUUGGGAAUUACCGGUAGUUUAGGCCGAGUAAGCAUGGGUUUUAUCGUGCUGGUGUGAGCCUAGAGUCAGUGUUCCUUGGUUGUUUCGGCUAGGGAAUUGGAGGUGGUGGUAAAGGCUUGGCUUGGAGAUUAAUGGCGGCCGCCUUGUAUCACCCGCCAAUCAGCGUUUUGGGCCUCAUGGUGAUGGCCAAAACCUCUUGGAGAGAUGAGAUGAGAUGUUUUGUGUGGUGAAAGUGUGCUGGUUGUUGUAAUGAACCUUAUCAAGUUAUCCUUCAGAACGGCUUAAUUUGUGUUGGUA